AUGGGCGGGUCGCAGAGUCAAGAUGCGCCAGCAGCUGCUGCCAGCAAUGGCCCAACUGCACAAGCAAGCUCUGCAGUCGUGAAGUUGAAUGUGUAUUCACCAUCAGGUGGACAGCAUGCCGCGUACCACUCAGGGGUGGAGCUGUAUGGUGGCGAGUAUGUAUUCGGAGGCGGUGACUCUUCGUUCAGUGGUGUCACAGUGCAGCGGCCUCGCGUUCCUCCACCUGGAAGCGGCUGGGUGUUCUACCAGACAGUAGAUAUAGCACCCUGCCGCCUGUCUCGAGAUGAGGCGCUCAGGGUCAUUCAAGACAUAAAAUCUGAAUUCCCAGCCUCUUCAUAUGAUCUCAUGGCGAGGAACUGCAACCACUUUGCGGACGCACUGUGCCAGCGCUUGUGCAAUCAGGGAAUCCCAUCUUGGGUCAACCGAUUGGCCGGCCUUGGCAACGCUGUGCGGAGCGCUGUGGGAGGCGCGGCGGAGCCCAAGGCCAAGGCGGCGAAGGCCGAAGGUGCCGGUGGCCCGGCCGCUGUUGGCCUCGUGGCGCGCUCCGUGGAUGGAGAUUUGAUGAACGAGGUGGACUGGCCCAGCGCAGGUAUCCUUAACGCGUCGGAGUCGGAUCCCACUGAAGCCCUGCGCGCUGGUGGGGUUUCGUCAGACGCAGAUGGCGCACCUGAGAUGCUCUUUCUCUUGCCCUUCAUCUCACCUGUGAAGCUUCAGAAGCUAGUGCUGGAGGCUCAAAGCCUGGACAGCGCUCCAAAAGCACUCCGGCUCUUCGCGAACAACCCGAAUUUGGACAUGGAUGAUGCUGCCGGGGGCGCCGCAACCCAGGAGUUUAGUGAUGUGUCCUGGACCAGUACUGGCUCCAUGACGACGGCUACGAUUGACGUGAAUUUCUUAAAAUUUCAGAAGCUGAGCUUUCUGGCUGUCUAUGCCAAGGGUGAUGAGGACUCUGGCCAUCCGCUGAACAUUAGCAAACUCUGUCUCAUCGGCAAAUCAUAG